UCAAAUUUUCAAACCAGUUCUUCAUGCAUCAGGCAGUCCAUUCCAUUCUGAAGUCAUUCCAGUAUUCUCAACAAUAUUUGGGCAAAGGAAACAGUUCCUGGAGCUCCUUAUACUCAGAGGGCUCCUGUUGUCUGUAAUUCCUGUGUCAUAUCUGCCAACCUGCAUAAUUGAAGCAGCAGUAGGAGUAAUUUCAGUUUGUGCAAGAGGGGCAAGAAGUGGGUGUGCACAUACUGCAUGUGCAGGAGCAAAGUGGAAAUUAAGCAGAAGAUGAUUUAGCCUUAUAAGUAACAGUGUGGAGAACAGCAUCGUCAGUUGAACACUGAAGGGCUUCUGAUUUUAAUAAUUUGAAAAGAGGAUGAAGUGUCUCCUGUACCUGUGUUUACUCCUUGCUGAUCUUUGUGCCAUAACACAAUGCCACCACAGAGAUGUUUGCCAUGAAGUCAAGAACACAAAUCUACAUGAUGGAACAGAGAAUUUAUUAAAGUACAACUGUCAAGACCAAGGCUCCAGCUAUGCAGAUUUUGUAUUUAAAUUUUACAAGCAGGCUAUAUCAGAAGAAAUUGAUAAAAACAUUUUCUUUUCUCCUAUAAGUAUCUCCACUGCCUUUGCCAUGUUGGCUCUUGGUGCUAAGUCCAGCACCCUGACUCAGAUUUUUGAAGGACUGGGCUUUGACAGUCUGACUGAGACACGCGUAAAUGAUAUACAUGAAAGUUUUCAUAAAGUUUUAGCAGUACUGAACUGUACUGAUGUUAACAUCACUUUAAAUAUAGGAAAUGCCCUUUUCACUGCUCUUGGGUAUGAACCUCAGCAGACAUUUUUACAAAAUACCAAACAGUUUUAUGAUGCAGAAUUUAUUACUAGUAAUUUCCAUGAACCAACAGAAGCUAAGACACAAAUCAAUAAUUAUGUAAAGGAGAAAACCCAGGGGAAAAUACCUGAAUUAAUUGGUCAUCUUGAUCCAAAUACUAUACUGGUUCUUGUAAACUACAUUUAUUUUAAAGCUGCCUGGGAAAAGUCUUUUGAUCCUACACAUACAUAUGAGGAUGAUUUUUUUGUGAACACAAAUACACCCGUUAAAGUCAACAUGAUGCAGCGUGAUAGCGACUAUAACAGUUAUUAUGACCAGGAUCUCUCUUGUGAGGUGGUAGAGCUGCCUUACCAGGGCACUGCACGAGCAUUGCUCAUUCUGCCUGAUGAUGGGAAGAUGAAACAAGUGGAAAAUGCUCUCUCCAAGGAAGUUGUUUGUAAAUGGGAUAGCAAACUUGAAACCAGAAGAGCACAUUUACACUUGCCAAAGAUUUCUAUUAGUGGGUCUUAUGAUGUGAAAAGUUUGUUCAAGGAAAUGGGCAUUACUGAUGUAUUCUCUAGUAAUGCUGAUCUGUCUGGAAUUAGCGGCAGCCGGGAUCUUCAAGUUUCACAAGCAAUUCACAAGGCUCUGUUGGAAGUGGAUGAGACUGGAACUGAGGCUGCAGGAGCCACAGCCAUAAUCCUUACCAAAGUUUUCCAUCCUUCAGUUACAAUCAAAUUCAACAGGCCUUUCAUUGUGUUGAUUUGUGACAAAGCAACCAACACCACACUUUUCAUGGGGAAAAUUGUUGAUCCUACUAAGAAGUAAUUGCUGAGUUAUUGGGCUUGCUGGGCAUGUAUUUGGCAUGGUUUAUAAUGGCAGCCGUGUUUGCACAUGUGGGCUGGUCAGUGCUCUUAUAACUGCUCUGUAAUUAAGGGAUAU